CCUUUUAAGUUUCACAACUGGCACUGCGGCAAGUUACAUGCCUACCAUCUGCUGAGCCUUGCUGGGCUAACACGAGUCGGUGGCGAUGCAAGAGAGUUCUGAAAGCGUCAAACUCUGCGACGUCGUGGGCUGUUCGACAAGCCCACUGACACACCCUCGUCUGUGUGACUCAGUGUAUCUUGCCAGUGGUCCAAUCUUAAUUUGCUGGAGUUGGAAGACCGGCUCAAAACAAAUCUACAAGCAUACAGCUCCUGUAAGACAGGUCUGCAUCAACGACAAAGGCAAUAAAUUGGCAUUUGCAGAUGACAACAACAUUUUUAUCAUCGAUGUAGCGACAUUCAAGGUCUCAGACCCUCAAACAGAGUCAGGAAGACAUGCGAACAAGCAUAAGGCGAUGUUUCUUGGUUCGCAUGUUCUUCAGUUGGAAUUCAUUGGCGAUCGUGAGUUGAUAUCGCUCGAGGCGUUCGAUAGCGGAAGCAUGGCUCAACGAGUGGGACUGUGGCAUGUCAAGUCUGAGGAGGGAGUGGAAGCGAGUCAUACCUCCUAUCUGGGAAACCAUGAGCCUCCUGCUCUCAAGUGCGUCCCUUCCACUUCCGACCGGGUUUUCUUCCUCUCCUCAACAGCCGUGCGAUGUGCAGUGAUCGCACGCGAUGGUUUGUGCGGAGUGAAAGUGUGCAUGGCGUGAGAAAAGCAGCAGGUGAAUCAAGACAGCUCGAGUUCUCUUGGAGACACGGAAGUGAAGGAUCUGAGACUUUCAUCGAUGCA